GCUCGCCUCCUCGUAUCGCCAAGAUGAAGAGUGUUCGACUACCAGCCGGCCGUCGCCUGCGGCUACAGUGUCGAGUACGGGGUGUUCCGUUACCAAGGGUAUCCUGGUAUCACAACGGGAGGCCCGUGAACGCCAGUAGAAGGAUACGGUUCAGGACUAAGAAGAAGAAGAGGCGGCUCCAGUCUUUUCUGAUUAUUCGACGCGUCCUGCCGGGUGACGCCGGAUCGUACCAGUGCAGAGCGAAAAACCGAGCCGGCGAGAGCUCAAAGCGAGCCCGGGUGGCCGUAUUCCAGAGGCGGGUACGACCGCCGCCGACUCCUAAACCGACCGGACCUGACAAACCAAAACCACCGGACUCGUGGCGAGCAGCUGAAGCGUGCGACAUACCGUCGUACUGCCUCAAUGGCGGCUCCUGUACGCUCUAUAGAAGUGUCAUGGAGUACGUUUGCCAAUGCGCAGAGGGCUUCAAGGGCAAACGAUGUGAAAGAAAAACUGUGUACGCGAUUAAACAGCGUCCGGACGAGCCGCUGCUGAAGGCGGGCCAGUUUCAGCCACUGGUGCUGGUUCUGGGCGGGCUAUCCGUGCUGCUGCUGCUGCUUCUACUGAUUGCUGUACUCUGGCGACGCCGCAGCAGACCGCGGGGUCGAGCCCAAUGCAGAAACGGUGCGGUCGCCAUGGCAACGGGAAACGGUACGGUCGCCAUGGCAACAGACGAAGCCUCGAAGCCGGCGGAGGCGGCACCGACGUCGAUGAGACGGCCACCUCAGCUGCCGGCGGGCCGAAGCGAACAGGUCCCGGCUGCCACUCCGGUCAGUCGUCCCAGCGACCUCUCGCCGCCUCCGUCGCCGCCGUCGGAAACGACGAAACUGUCCUCGUCGUCUUCGACGGACUUACGUCGGGCGCCCCCCGCCGGCUCCGAUGUCGCCCGCGACGGGGCUGUGUCGCUACCAACGCAAAAGAGUGUGAAGGAACUGGAUGUCCUUCUGCAAACUCUAGACCUGGUGACCGGCCCUGAUGAGUCAAUACCAAAGAGGCUUGCUUAGUCAUUAGGCCAUGCGUGAGACGAGGUGGUAGUGGUGGUUGAAGCACGUUCGCAGGACCAAGGAUAUUUCUAUUUUGAAUUCCAUGACUAAGUGAAUGGGAAGUUCGACGCACGGUGAUGCGUACCGCAAGUGAUAUUUAUUAGUUGAAAGUGAGAGGUGUGAAGUGAAGGGAAGGAAGUUUGCGGAAGAUUGUGUGAGAUGAGUAUUUUUAGUGAGUGGUGAAAUGCUAGAGUUGUGGGUGGUAUGGCCGGGUGGGCCAAACCAUUGACGGUGUCUUGCAGGGAUGUGAUGUUGGCCUCAUGUUUUUUGGUGUCUGAAAUAUCUUUUCGCUGGAAGAUAUUUUCCUAUAUUUGUACAAAGUUCAUUUGAAUGCGGCGUGGCUCCUAGACGGCCUGGCGCGGAUGCAACGCGCUAGUAGCGCCUCUGGCGGCGAGAACGCCAACUACUGGUUGCGUUGUUCGCCGCGAUGUGGAUCUAGUCACCAAUGUCCUCGAUAAUUGAUAUAUCUGUGCCAGGGCCGAGAAUCUGGCAACUCUCGCAUCUGGCAUCGCCGCGGCCGGUCGCUGCGAGCACUGUUCACUUCGGGUUCGAUGAAUCGAACGCGUGUGCCAGCCAGAGGCUGAGAAAGUUUCCUAUGUCACGUGACCAUGUCGGUUUUGUUUUCUUCUUCUGCCAGUCGCGGGCCUCAGCUACCGUUCGGUACUAAAACUAUAAUAUUUUGUUGCUCAAUGUGUUGUGCCGUAUGGUCGGUGAUGUUAUGACGUCACCGACAGAGCGCCUGUAUAUAUUCGCAUGCCUGUAUGUCUGUCUUUGAGCAGGUCUUUGAAUCAGACCGAUUAAUAAUGUACUGAUGCAGCUAAUACUAUAUUGUUGUUGUGAA